UUUGGUUUCUUGGAUUGAUAGAGAAAAUGUCUGGUAAGAUGAAGGCUGCAGUUGUAAAGGAGUUUGGGAAACCUCUAAGUAUAGAGUCUGUGGAUAUUCCUUCACCUGGUCCUUCACAAAUACUUAUAAAGGUCAUCUCCAGUGGCGUUUGUCACACUGACUUGCACGCAGCUGAAGGGGAUUGGCCUGUGAAGCCUAGACUACCUCUGAUUCCUGGGCACGAGGUUGUAGGAAAAAUUGUCCAAGUCGGUUCUCAAGUUGAUUUUCUAAAGAAAGGAGAUACUGUUGGUAUUCCUUGGCUGUUUCAUGCGUGUGGUCGCUGUGAAUAUUGUAUUGAUGGAAUAGAAACUUUAUGUCCUUCUCAGUUGGAUACUGGAUACUUUGUCAAUGGAGGCUAUGCAGAGUACGCAGUAGCUGAAGCUAAUUAUGUUGCACGUGUUCCAGAAGGUGUAGAUAUCUAUGGCAUAGCUCCUAUCUUUUGCGCUGGAGUUACAGUAUACAAAGGAUUGAAGGAAACUCAAGUAAAACCUGGACAGUGGAUAGUGAUAAGUGGAGUUGGUGGACUUGGACAUGUUGCUAUUCAAUAUGCUAAAGCCAUGGGUAUGCAUGUAGCAGUAGUUGAUAUUGCCGAUGAGAAAUUAGAGUUGGCUGGAAAGUUGGGUGCGGAAGUAAAAGUGAAUGCAUCGAAGCAAGAUCCAGUUGAAGCGAUACAACGUUCUACUGGAGGUGCACAUGGUGUUUUGAUUGCAGCAGCUUCUAUGAAAGCAUAUGAACAAGCUAUUGGUAUGAUUCGUCGUCGGGGAGUGAUUGUUUGUAAUGGGUUGCCUCCUGGAACUUUUCCAUUAUCUGUAUUUGAAGUUGUAUUAAAAGGAGCAACUGUAAAAGGCUCCAUUGUUGGCACUCGGAAAGAUUUGCAAGAAGCCAUUGCCUUUGCUGCUGAAGGGAAAGUGAAGGUGCAUUACCGUAAAGAAUCACUUGAGAACAUUAACAAAGUUUUAGAGCAAAUGAAGCAAGGAAAAAUAGAAGGAAGAGUAGUCUUGGCAAUGGAGUAGUUGAGUAUAUUAUUGUCUCUCUUUGUGUGUAUGUGUGUGUGUUUUGGUAUUUUAUGAAUAAAAUCUUUCAUCUUCGAUGGGAAAAUGAUUUGUUGAAAA